AUGCUCGCUCUACGGCCCGCGACGACCAAGGAGAGAGUUCAAAAGCUGGUAGGCCAGCCAGAAUCAGACCAAGAGAAGGCAUCCCAGUCCCAACCAUGGGUCAACAGCGCUCAUACACCAGUAUCUGUGUCGAUGAACAUACUACCCUGCCGAAUCCACCAUGAUGGCCCGGUAGAAGUCUCAAAAAGAUACUGGAAUCCUGUUAAUGACGGGGGUGCUGACAACAGUAUGUACAUAACAAAUAUACCUACCUUCAUACUUGUGAGCCACAUGUCCACUAAAUCUAAUAUAAAUCUAACUCAAUUGAAUAGAACAGUCAGUGUCAACAGCAUAUUUCCGUGGCCGAAAGUUGCGCGGUCGUUCCGUACCUCUCCCAGAUGGCUACCACGAAUAGGAGUGGUGGUAACCAAGCUGCCAAAAGAUGAAUCUGUCACCAAAAGAGUGGUGGGAUAUGAAAACGAGGAUGCAGAAGAUAACGAAGAACCUCUUUCUCAACUUGAGACAGUUGGAAGAUUCUCUGCAUUUACAGUAUGGGAGCAUGAGAAGCUCCCGACGGAUGAUGACCUAUAUGUUCGGUCUAUGGAAGAGUGGGUAUCGUUUGCACAUUCGGUAAGUGCGUUUGAUUCAGGGGGGAGAGAUGAGGGGGGUACAUGA